CAACUUAAGCGCGUGCGCUCCUUCAGUCUCAGUUCAACAGCGCGACGUGCGCGAGAGACGCGCUCGAACCCGCCAAUAUGCUACAAAUAUCAGCGGAAUACCGUAAAAUAAGUGUUAUUUCUUAAAAGAAAAGAGCUGCAGAACUUCCCCAAGCCUGCGUGCUCCUCGAGGGACACCUUAAGACAGAGUUGACCCACUGUCCCCUGUUUACCGAGACACAAUCAUCAUCAAUGGGGACAUUAGGAAUGGCUGUGUUCAAUCAACAAAAAGUGGAGGAUUUCUAUGAUAUUGGUGAAGAACUUGGAAGUGGGCAGUUUGCUAUCGUGAAGCGCUGUAAAGAGAAGAGUACAGGUGUGGAAUAUGCUGCAAAGUUCAUAAAGAAGCGGCAGAGUCGGGCGAGCCGGAGAGGCGUUCGGCGAGAGGAGAUCGAGAGAGAGGUGGACAUCCUACAGGAGCUCCAGCAUCCCAACAUCAUCACGUUGCAUGACAUUUACGAGAACCACACUGACAUGGUGCUCAUCCUGGAGCUUGUUUCAGGAGGCGAGCUCUUCGACUUCCUGGCUCAGAAGGAGUCGCUGAGUGAAGAGGAAGCCACAGAAUUCAUCAAACAGAUCCUCAACGGAGUUCAGUAUCUGCACUCCAAGAAAAUUGCACAUUUUGACCUGAAGCCUGAAAAUAUCAUGCUGCUGGAUAACAAUAUCCAACGUCCGCGGAUUAAACUUAUCGACUUUGGAUUGGCGCAUAGGAUCAAGGACGGAGUGGAGUUCAAAAACAUUUUUGGGACUCCAGAAUUUGUUGCUCCAGAGAUAGUCAACUAUGAGCAGCUGGGAUUAGAGGCGGACAUGUGGAGCAUCGGAGUCAUCACAUACAUCCUGUUAAGUGGGGCAUCGCCGUUCCUGGGCGACUCUAAGCAGGAAACUCUUGCAAACAUCUCAGCAGUGAACUUUGAAUUUGAUGAGGAGUUCUUCGGCAGCACUAGUGAACUGGCCAAAAGCUUUAUCAGACAGCUGCUGGUGAAAGAUACGAGAAAGAGGCUUAAGAUACAAGAUGCACUCAACCACCCCUGGAUUAAGACCCACGAACAGCUAGAGGACAACAGUGCCACCGUAGAGGUGCAAACAAAAGUGGAAUCGCAGCAGCUGAAGACCAAACGCCUGAAAGAGUACACCAUUCAAUCCCACUCCAGCAUGCCACCCAACAACACCUAUGUCAACUUUGAGCGUUUCGCCAACGUUCUGGAGGACAUCUCGUUGGUGGAAAUGGGUCUCGAAAAAGUGGCUCAGAAUCGUGAAUCCCUUCAGGAUGAUGUUGAGGCUCUUCUCUCCAUCUACACUGAGAAGGAAGCUUGGUAUAAAGAGGAGAGCGAAAGCAUUCGUCAGGAGCUCUCGCAGAUGCGCUACAAAUUUCGCAAAGCAGAGGUGUUGAGGAAAGGCCUCCAGGAGGACUUGAGGACAACUGACGCCAGCUUAGCCAGCAUUGACAGUCGCUACUUGACUAGAGAAGCACACCUGAGCUCCCUCAGACAGGAGCUGAACGCUGAACUCAGAUGGUUGGAGGAGGUUAUGGGAUCACUAAAUGGAGAGGCUGGGAACAAGGGGUUCAGAUCCAUUUCAGCUCUGAACAAUGAGGUGAACGAGGCCCUGAAGGAGCUGCUGAGCAAGGACUGUGGUGGCGAUCUACAUCCUCAAGUGCAGCCAGAAAUCUAGCUAGAGUCUAGCUAGAUUUCUGUCUAGCUAGUGGAGAUUAGACUGCAGUUGUAAUACAAUGGCAGAAGCAGGAUGUGAUCUGAUAGAGUAGCAAUGUUAACUCCUGUAAAAAAAAAAAUCUAAGUUUGUCCCUUAACAUUUUGGGCAAGAGUAAUAUUUUCAUUUUUGGGUGAACUUUCCCUUUAAAUUCUAAAGACCUUUACUGAAGCCAAAUUAAUAUUCAUAAAAUAUUAAAAAUGGUAAAAAAAUGUCUAUGGCCUUGGCACCCAUAGCCUCCUGGAUGGCUCGCCAACAAAUAACACUGUUAUUCUUCGGGCAUCCUGAGUUCGAGUCCCGGCUUGCAGACCUUUCCCCCUGCUACUGUGCUUUUUAUCUCAUAUGCUGUUCCUAUCCUAAUAAAGGCAAAAAAAAAAAGCCAAAAAUAAAUCUUUAACAAAAUUGCCUAUGACAACUAUUAUAAAUGUGGAUGACAUGUCUGGUCUACUUUAAGAAAUAUUUGAGUUCAUCAAUGCACUUUUAUAUUUUGAGAGUUUAGUUUUUGUUGAAAGAGAAUAUAUAUAUAUAUAUAUUUUUUAAGUAAAUAAUAAAAAACGAGUGAUUUACGACAAAGCAGCAUUUGUUUUUUAGGCAGUGAAAUAGAAGAAUUUGUAGGCAGCAUGCCCAAAUAAUGCCCAAACAUUGUUACCUUAUUAAUAAGCUAAUAAGGUUUAUAUCCCAACUUUUAAAUGAUUGUUUUAAGAUUAUUACCUCAACAGACCAUUCAUUUGAGACACUUUUGAGACAUGUUUGGAAUUGAAUUUGCUGUAGUUUAAAAUUGUGUUGUUUAUUUGUAAAUUGUUUUGUAUAUACUUUAAACUAAAAUAAUUAGAUAAUGCACAUGCAUUCACCAUAUUUAUCAAUAUGGUUGUUCUUGUCAGUGUUUCUUUCAUUUCUGGUCAAAUGCUGACCAAACAUCUACUAGGCAUUCUUUUUGAACAUUUAUAGUGUUAAGUUGAAAUGAUGUUAGCCUUUAUGAUUUCAUUACAUCUUUAUGCAUGGGGUGUUUUUUUUUUGUUUACAGAUGCCAUAAAUAUGAUUUUGGCCAUAAAUUGUAACUUUCUUUCCUUCUUUUCCUUUCUUAUUACAAGUUUAAAUGUCCUUUAUUUUUUUUGUGAAUGUACCUAUUUAAAGCACUACAUGCUCAUUGACACUUUUAAUGUAACUUUUCUUUCUUGCACAUGUAAAUUUGGUGUUACUUUACUUUCUAUCAAAAAGUCAUAUUUGUUAUAUGUGGAUUGAUUUGUGAACAUCAGCACUUGGACGUUUUCUUCAGCACGUCAUACCAGCAUGCGGCUUGACGUAAACAGUGAUGUUAUUUCUUUCCAUACUUUUCAUACAAUAAAGCACUGGAAUGAU